AUGAAAAAUCAUCAAAUGGAGGCUUUUAAACAGAAUAAAAUUAAACUAAAAGCAUUCCAAGAACACAGUUAUACUUUAGGAAGCCCAGCACCGGCAGUUGUUGGCAAAUACAAAGAAGAAGAUAAACACAAUAAUGAGGCGAAUGCUAAAGAACAACUGAAAUUAGAUAAUUCCCAACCAACUACCAAUUUACAGAUUUGA